UAGUCGUUCAUUUAGAUGAGUUAAAAACAUGUCGUUUAAAGUAGCGAAAGCGGAAUGUUUGGACUUUAGUCCAACAUUUGAUUCUCAUUGUAAUCGCGAUAAACCCGGCAAGGAAAACAACACUUCAAUAUCUGUGCUGAGUUUGCGUCAGUUCUGCAAGUGUCCUUUCGUGUCAUUUGGGACGAUCAAGUUGGGAUCAUCAAAAUCUUUGCCUUUACGAAUCGAAAAUCCCACCGAGGAUGCAACAACGACAGUCAUUGUGGAUAAAAUUGCAACAUCCAAAGGCUUUUCGGUUGAUCAGACGUCUUUUACAAUGCAGCCUGAAGGCAGCAUUAUUUUAACUGUCACUUGGACACCAGUGGAAGAAGGCGGGGUUCGAGAACUCCUCAGUUUUGUUGCAAAUGGAAUUGUCAAACACCAGGCGAUUUUGCUUGGGAAAGCACAGGCGACAAAGAAGAAAAAGAAAACCUUAUGGGAUUCAAUUAAAUCCAAGAAGGGUGUCCCGGCACCCUCAAAAGAGAAGAAAGUGUCUUCAAUACCGAUAAAGGCUGCAAAUAUGACAUUUCAUGUCUCACGCCAGUCGCAGUACAGAAAAGAUAGAACAUCCAACCCGUUGUUGCCAUUAAACCAGGAACGGUCUGCCUAUGGGUCCAAUGCCAUUAGGAUGAAUGCACCAUCCUCCACUCCUGAGAUGUCAAAGCCUGUUUUUGUGACGGAAAAGUUUGUUGAUGUGCAUUUGCAAAAAAACUCACCAGUGGUCGUCUUAGUACCAGCAGAGAGAUUUUUGGAUACACCUGGUAACAAGGAUAUGACUUUUUCACGUAAAGCAGAGUGCAAAGAAAUCACAAGGGUUUUGAAUAAAACACUCUCUCCUGCCAGCACCCCAGAGAGGUUUGGAAAUCCUUUGUGCUUUCAGAGUCCACUUCCCAUGAUUGGACAAUUUGCACAAGAUCAAAGUCGAGAGCCAGAGAAACCGUCUUUGUCUGUAAAAGGAGCUCUGGAUGUUAUAGGAUCAGAUCUGUCGCAUGCAGUGAGUCUGCCUAAUGCUUGCUCAAGCUUUGAUUUUUCUGUUUCUCUUGAGUCUGAAAAACCUGAUCCAGAAAGAUCAUUUAGAGCGACAGCAGUCAUUUCACCACCAGUUGAAGUCGCUCACCCAAGGUUGACUUUCUGUGUGAAACCCAACAAAGUCAUAAGCGUUGAAUCAAAUCAUGAUGCAUUUAGGCUCAAGGCAUUACCUUUUAGCACCGCCACAGUGACCAAGUUGAGUAAAGUGGAUGAUGCCCUUGUUCCUGAUGGUCCCAAGAAGUUUCCUGUGAAUUCUACCACAGUGACCAAAGGCAAACCAGAAGCCUCUGUUGAGAGUCCAGGCUUGCGUAAGAAGAAAACUUCCAGACGCAGGCUCUUGGAGAAGACCGUGGAGCUCUCAGAAGCUAGUAAUGCAGAAUCCAACACAAGUUCUCCUGACAGUGCUUUACCUGUCAUCAGCUCAGAUUCAAGUCCAGAUGUGGCACUAGAGUCCAAAUUUUCUGUAACUUCAGUGCAGGUUACACAAGAGAAGCCAACCUCAAAGUUAUCCCCUCCUGAACCGCUUUUGUCCUCUAUAUCUCCCAUUCGACCUCAAGUUUUGACCAUGGUUAGUAGCAGUCCGUCAAGUGGUCUGGAAUUGGCAGCUGGUAACGUCUCUGACAAAGUGCAACCAGGUCUUUAUCAGGACCAGUUUCCUGUGCAGAGUAAAAAGAGAAAAAGUGAUGAGAUUUUGAGAGGUCAGUCAGAAGAUGAGGCAAACGUCCAAGCAAAAAAGUGCCGUGCUUCGACACAUGCGACAGAGAGACCAAGCCAUGAAAGAACGUUCACUUCAAGGUCCACAUCUGGACAGCAACGCAAAGCUAUAGCUCCACCAAGCUCAAGAAAGUUCACAAAACCUCCACCAAAGAAAUCCUCUCCAAAACCGACUCCAAAAGAUGGCCGGUCUGUGAAGUCACUGAGCAUCUCGAGUCGAAAGCCUGCAAGGAUCGUGGCUGUAGUGCAGGCCAAACUUACCUUUAUAAAGCCAUCACAGACUGCCAUACCAAGGCAUCCUCUGCCAUUUGCUGCAAAGAACAUGUUUUAUGAUGAGCGAUGGAUUGAGAAGCAGGAGCGGGGCUUUACUUGGUGGAUGAAUUAUGUUCUCACUCCUGAUGAUUUCAAAGUUGCUACUGAAGUUACCAAAGUGAAUGCCUUAUCAUUAACUAUGGGGAACGACAAAUUCAAUAUACCCAAAGCACCAACAAAAGAAGAGAUGUCUUUUAGAACCUACACAGCCCGUCAACGGCUAAACCGCCUUCGGCGAGCAGCUUGCAAGCUUUUUACGUCAGACACCAUGGUAAAGGCCAUCCAGAGACUGGAGCUGGAAGUAGAAGCCAAGAGACUCCUUGUGCGAAAGGACAGACAUCUCUGGAAGGACAUAGGUGAGCGUCAGAAAGUUCUUAACUGGCUGAUAUCAUUCAAUCCACUUUGGCUGCGAAUCGGACUUGAGACAAUCUAUGGAGAGCUAAUAUCACUUGAAAGCAACAAUGAUGUCAUGGGAUUGGCCAUGUUUAUUCUUGGACGUCUCCUGUGGAACCCAGACUUAGCUGCUGAGUUCAGACACCCUAAAGUGCCUCAUUUGUACAGAGAUGGCCACGAGGAGGCACUCUCUCGCUUCACUCUAAAGAAACUAAUCCUGCUGGUCUGCUUUCUGGAUAAAGCCAAAGAGUCCAGACUGAUCGAACAUGAUCCUUGUUUGUUCUGCAUGGAUGCUGAAUUUAAGACAAGCAAAGAUCUGCUACUGGCGUUUUCUCGGGACUUCCUCAGCGGUGAAGGCAUUUUGUCACGGCACCUCAGCCACUUGGGCCUAGCAGUAUCCCAUGUUCAGACUCCUCUGGAUGAGUUCAACUUUGCUGUGAAGAAUCUUGCUGUUGAUUUGAGAUGUGGCAUUCGUUUGGUACGGGUCAUGGAGCUCUUCACUCUGGACUGGACUUUGUCUAGAAAGCUGCGGAUACCCGCUAUUAGCCGCCUGCAGAAAGUGCACAAUGUUGAUGUUGCACUACAGGUUCUGAAAGACAAAGGUGUUGACCUUAAAGAUGAGCAUGGAGCGAACAUUGACUCCAGAGACAUUGUGGAUGGACACAGGGAAAAGACCCUAAACCUUCUGUGGAAAAUCAUAUUUGCCUUCCAGGUGGAAGUACUACUUGAUGAGAAUCAACUCAAAGAGGAAAUCAGUUUCCUCAGGAAAACAUGGAGGACUAAACAGAAGCUGGCCUCAUUAAUGGCUAACAGUGGGGUUGCAGUGACAAGGAUGAAGUCAAGGCAAGCAUUUGAACAUCCCAGCCAAAAAGUGACACUGCUCAUGGACUGGGUCAAUGCUGUUUGUGAGUUCUACAACAUAAAGGCUGAAAAUUUCACAGUGUCAUUCUCAGAUGGUCGUAUCCUGUGCUACCUCAUUCAUCAUUACCACCCUGGUCAUCUCCCUGCAGAAGAGAUUCAACAGAGAACAACGCAGACCAUUGAAUGUGGCCAUCGUGGCAGAGUGGAGCUCAAUAACUCCUCGACUGACUCAGACUGCUCUUUUGAAAAUUUGCCCACAAUACAAACUGAAUCCCCGUCAGUGGACUUUAAAGAGCUACUUGAGAAAGAGAGAAGUAACUUUCAGUUGGUGAACACUGCUGUGUCUUAUCUUGGAGGGGUGCCUGCUAUGAUAAAUCCAGAGGAUAUGUCCAACACUAUACCAAAUGAAAAGGUUGUCACAUGCUACCUCUCCUUCCUCUGUGCCCGUCUUUUGGAUCUCCGCAAUGAAACAAGAGCAGCCCGGGUCAUCCAGGGUGCAUGGCGGAGAUACAAGCUACAAAAGAACAUUGAGCUUAUUCAGCAAAGGAACCUGGCUGCUACUAAAAUUCAAGCCCUUGUGCGGAAGUUCAUCUUGAGAAGAAGAAUGAUCAAACAGAAUAAUGCAGCCAUCAUAAUCCAAACAUUCUGGAGAGGAUACGUUGCACGGGAAAAGUUGAGAGUGCUGAAAAAAGAGAAACAGUUUGCUCUUCAAAAUGCAGCUGCAACUGUAAUUCAGAAAACAUACAAAGCUUGGAGGAUUCAAAGUCUCCUAAAGAAAAACCAUGCUGCCUCUGUAAUCCAAGCAGCUUUCCGGAAAUGGGACGCAAAGAAAUUGCUGGAAGGAAAUGCUGCAGCCUUGCGCAUUCAAGCAUGGUACAGAAUGCGGCGUUGUAAAACCCAGUACCUGGAUAUGAAAAGCAAAGCAGUUUGUGUUCAAGCAUGGUUUAGAGGUCACCUUCAAAGAUGCAAGUUCCAGACUUUAAAGAAAAGGCAUAAUGCUUCAGUUGUCAUUCAGAGUGCAUUCAGGGCUUACCUCGUCAGACAACACAUAUCUAAAAUGAAGCAAAAUGCAGUUUUGAUUCAGAGGUGGUUCCGAGCAUGCAUGCUAAGGAAAGCAGAACAGAAGAGAUACUUCAAGAUUAAAUCGGCAGUUCUUGCUCUGCAAGCAGCUUUCCGUGGCUGGAAGGUCCGACGAUCUGUGGCUCAGCGCCACCAAGCUGCACUUCUGAUUCAAGCUGCUUUCAGGCGGUUUAUGGCUCAAAGGCACUAUUUAUGUUUAAAAAGAUCGGCCAUUGUUCUGCAACAGAGAUACAGAGCAAAAGUACUUGGAGACAAAUUGCGACAAAAGUAUAUGGCUCUUAAACUCGCUUCAGUGACAAUUCAAGCAAUUUGGCGAGGACGAGCUGAGAGGAAGAAGAUCAGUCAACUCCACAGAUUUGCCGUAAUCAUUCAGUCAAACUACCGUAGAUAUGUGGCACAGACACGUUUUUUGGAAAUGAAACAGGCUGCCGUAGUCAUUCAAAGACAAUACACAGCCUUCAAAGAUGGACGGAAGGUGUACGCAGAAUACACUGAAAUUAAAAGAGCGACCAUUGUGCUACAGGGUGCUUAUCGUGGCAAGAGAGCAAGACAAGAACGGCAGAAGAAAAACAAAGCAGCAACUUUGAUUCAGUCUGUGAUAAGAGCACAUAGGUGCCGUCAGAGGUUUUUAGCUCUAAAACGUGCUGCUAUUGUCAUUCAGCAACGUCAUCGGGCUUUAGCACUUGGAUGGUUGGAAAGAAACCAUUACGUCCAUUUGAGGCAGGCAACUAUAACUCUACAGGCCAUAUAUCGGGGUUCCAAAGUGAGGCAAAAUCUGAGACGAGAGCAUCAAGCUGCUACUAUCAUUCAAGCUCAAUUCCGAAUGCAUAAGGUACGCGUUGCCUUUCUUGCUGCAAAGUGUGCAGCUAUCAUCAUACAGCAGCAAUACAGAGCCUACAGAGUUGUCAAAUGCAUGCAAGCUACUUACUUGCAAAUGAAAAAUGCCGCUAUAGUUAUUCAGUCAGCAUUCAGGGGAAUGAAAGUUCGCAACUACUUAAGAAAAUCUCACCAAGCUGCAACAGUGAUUCAGGCACAUUUCCGUGGACAUUCCCAACUCAAGAAGUACCAAAGACAACAGUGGGCCGCAUCCAUUUUACAGCAGCGAUUCAGGGCAAUGAUGACUAAAAAUGCUGUCGUGAAGAGAUAUGCAGCCAUAAAAACAGCGGCCAUAUGUAUCCAGUCAGCUUUCCGUGGAAUGAUGGUGAGAAAGCAGAUUGCAGAAAGGCACAAAUCUGCAAAAAUGAUCCAGAAGACAUAUAGAGCAUACAAGCAACGCCGUGAUUACCUUGCUCUCAGAAAUGCCACUAUUCGUAUUCAGCAACAGUAUAGAGCAAUUGUAAGUGCAAGGCAACAACAUAAAAGGUUUUGCUCCUUGAGAGCAGCUGCCAUCACCUUGCAGUCUAUGUACCGAGGGAUGAGAUUAAGGAAAGAAAUCGAUAGAAAGCAUAAAGCGGCCACUGUGAUUCAGGCAAUGUACAAAAUGUACAGAACUCAAGUGCCAUUCCAAGCUAUGAAACUGGCUGCAUUGGUCAUACAGAGGCAAUGCAGGUGCCAUCUACUGAGAAAAGAGGCGAGAGAGAACUUUUUGAAGCUACGGUGUAGUGCAAUUGCAAUUCAGACAAUUUACAGAGGAAACCGUUUACGCCGUGACAUUGCUAGAAUGAAUUUUGCAGCCACAGUCAUUCAACGGAAGUACCUUGCCUACAAACAAAGAAAGUGCUUUUUGUCUAUCAGAGCUGCUGUUGAAUUCUGUCAACGACACUAUCGAUCCGUUUUGGUAGCAAGGCAUGAUCGGAGAGAUUAUUUUGCUAAACGCCGAGCUGUUGUUGCAAUCCAAGCAACUUUCAGAGGAAUGCAGGCCCGGCGACAGAUCCGAAGAGAGCAUGAAGCUGCAACAAUCAUUCAGUCCCAUGUGAGAAAACACAUCCUCAAGUUGCGCUUCCAGCGACUUCGGUGGGCGGUCUGUACUGUUCAGCAGCGUUUCAGAGCUAACAAAAUGAUGAAACGAGAGAUGGCAGCACUGCAGGAACAGAAGAGUGCUGCCUUGAUUCUGCAAGCAGCCUAUCGUGGCAUGAAGUCCAGACAGACUUUGAAGCAAAUUCAUCAGGCUGCCACCAUCGUUCAGGCAACUUUCAGAGCUUAUAGUGCUCAUAAAAGGUAUUUAGCCAUGAAAUGCGCUGCCAUUGUCAUUCAGCAAAGGUACCGUGCCACAAGUGUAGCGAAACAGCAGAGAAAGCAUUUUCUUGAAAUGUGCCAAGGUGCACUUGUUGUUCAGGCAUGUUAUAGAGGUCUUAAAGUUAGAAGGAAAGUACUACAACAGCGUCAAGCAGCUGUCUUGAUUCAGUCUUAUUUUAGGAGACACAAAGAGAUGGCUAAGUACCAGGCCAUGAGAGCUGCUGUUGAAUUCUGUCAACGACACUAUCGAUCCGUUUUGGUAGCAAGGCAUGAUCGGAGAGAUUAUUUUGCUAAACGCCGAGCUGUUGUUGCAAUCCAAGCAACUUUCAGAGGAAUGCAGGCCCGGCGACAGAUCCGAAGAGAGCAUGAAGCUGCAACAAUCAUUCAGUCCCAUGUGAGAAAACACAUCCUCAAGUUGCGCUUCCAGCGACUUCGGUGGGCGGUCUGUACUGUUCAGCAGCGUUUCAGAGCUAACAAAAUGAUGAAACGAGAGAUGGCAGCACUGCAGGAACAGAAGAGUGCUGCCUUGAUUCUGCAAGCAGCCUAUCGUGGCAUGAAGUCCAGACAGACUUUGAAGCAAAUCCAUCAGGCUGCCACCACCGUUCAGGCAACUUUCAGAGCUUAUAGUGCUCGUAAACGGUAUUUAGCCAUGAAAUGCGCUGCCAUUGUCAUUCAGCAAAGGUACCAUGCCACAAAUGUAGCGAAGCAGCAGAGAAAGCAUUUUCUUGAAAUGUGCCAAGGUGCACUUGUUGUUCAGGCAUGUUAUAGAGGUCUUAAAGUUAGAAGGAAACUAGUACAACAGUGUCAAGCAGCUGUCUUGAUUCAGUCUUGUUUUAGGAGACACAAAGAGAUGGCUAAGUAUCAGGCCAUGAGGUUGUCAGCUAUCAUUAUCCAGAGCCAUUACAGGUCAUACACCCAGGCCAGAGCAGAUCGUGAGAACUAUCUACGUUUAAGAAAGUCAGUCAUUGUCAUUCAAGUAGCCUUUCGAGGACACUCUCUAAGGAGACAAUUGGCAGAAAAGCAAGAAGCAUCCAUCAUCAUACAGGCUGCUUUCCAGAUGUAUCAGCAGAGGUCAGCAUUUAAGAGACAGCACUGGGCAGCCAGGGUUCUCCAACAGCGAUUUAGAGCCCUGAAACUUCGAGACGAGCAGAUGUGUAGAUACCAGCAGGUAAGAAAUGCCGCUGUAUGCCUGCAGAAGUCUUUCAGAGGGAUGAAGGGGAGAGAACUGGCCAGAUGGACCAAGGCCGCAAGAACCAUCCAGUCCUACCUAAGGAUGGCUGUCCAACGACAACGUUUCUUGAAAGAAAAGGCUGCUGCAAUCACGAUUCAGUCUGCGUACAGAGGCCAUUGCGCCAGAGUUCAGCAUGCCAGGAUGCAAGCAAGUGCAACACUCAUCCAAAAGUGGUACAGAUCAUGUAAACUGGUCCAGAAAGAUCGAAAUGGUUUUGUUGCUCUUAAGCAAGCUACGCUUACCUUGCAAUCUGCAUUGCGUGGAAUGCUAGUGAGGAGGCUUGCAAAAAGAAGGCGGGCUGCAAUCAAGAUUCAGUCUGCUAUGCGCAUGCAUGUACACCGCAAGCGGUACGUGUUGCUCCGCUCAAGUGUCCUGAAGUUGCAAGCUCAUUACAGAAUGUUUGUGGACCGGAGAAGAUGCUGCAGGUUGCAGGCUGCAACUGUUUCUCUCCAAAAGCGUUACAGAGCUCAUAGGGCAACAGCGGAGCAGAGGAGCAGUGGACACGCAGUGCGUGGACACAUUGAGUACAGAAGAUUUCAGAGAUUGCGUGCAAGUGCCAUCACAAUUCAGGCACAUUAUCGGGGGAUGAUUGAAAGACGCCUGUUUCAGCAUCUCAAGGAAUCUGUUUUGGUUAUACAGAAGCAUUACAGAGCUUUUCGCCUCUGCCAGAGAGAGCGUGCACAGUUUCUUCAACUGCAAAAGUCAGCUGUUCUGAUACAAACAGCAUUUUGGGCUUAUCAAACAAGACAACAUGCUGUGCGAGCACAAGCUGCCCGGAAAAUUCAGGCCUGGUUCCGAGGACACAUAGCUAGACAAAACUACAUUUUAAAACAAGCUGCUGUUGCAACCAUUAGUCGGUGUAUUCAAGCAAGACGCCAACGUUCAAGAUUUCUAGCAGUCCAGCGCAGUGUCCGAGUCAUUCAGCAAAGAAUGAGGGAAACCCUAAUUGCCAGAAAACAGCAUGCUGACUUCCUGAGGUUUAGAAAGUCUGUUCUAUACAUCCAGGCAUUGUGGAGAGGUCAAAGAGUGAGAGAUUCCAUUCAAAAGCAAAUAACAGCUGCUGUGAAGAUACAGUCAGCUUUCAGAGGCUUUAGUCAAAGAUGUCGAUAUCGCCAACAGAGAGAUGCUGCCAUAAUUCUACAGCGCCAUUUCCGAUUUUUACACCUGGCCAGAAUUAAAGAAGAAAAUCUAAGACGACGACACAAUGCCACUGUCUAUCUUCAGGCUUUGUGGCGUGGUUGGCUUGCGAGACAACAGGUAAAAGAAAUGGCUUGUGCUGCAAGACGCCACCGUUUCACUGCUGCGGUUUACCAUCAUCUCUGUGCAAUAAGGAUUCAGAGAGCUGUGCGAGCACACUGGGCUCUUAAAUCCGCCAAGAGGAAGAUCUCUUUGGUCCUAUACAUCCAGCAAUGUUUUAGGGCAAAACUGCAAAGAAAGAGAUACCUUAAAGACAGAGAAGAGAUCAUCAAGUCCCAGAGGGCAGUGAGAACUUGGUUACAUCAUCGCAACAAAGCUGCUGCUACUAUCCAGUAUGCAGUUAGGAAGCUCCUUCUGAGACGCCGCAAGGAGAGGCUACAACGUGGAAUAAUAAAGGCCCAGGCACUCUGGAGGGGUCAUCGUUCAAGAAAACAUCAUGACACAAGCAAAGUCAUUUCCAUGAGGCGCCGUCUCAGGGAAGUAAAUCGGGGGGUGAAGGAAGAGGACAAGCUGUGUAACAAGACUGCAACAGCACUAAGCUACCUGCUUGGACUUCAAAAUUAUGCGUACAUUCUUGCAGCCUUGAAACAUUUGGAAACUGCCACAAGACAUUCUCCUGAGUGCUGUGAACGUCUUGUUGAAAGCGGAGCAACACACACCAUCUUCACUCUGAUAAGGAGCUGCAACAGAAGUGUGCCUUCAAUGGAGAUCAUCAUAUUAUCCAUCCAAGUUCUUCUCAACUUAUCAAAGUACAACAGAACCAUUGAUGCAGUUUAUGAUGUAGACAACUCUGUAGAAACCCUCCUGGAUCUUCUGCAGAUCUACCGGGAGAAGGCUGGAGAUAAGGUUGCAGAAAAAGGUGGCAGCAUCUUUACCAAGGCUUGUUUUCUCUUGGUCCUCUUAGUCCAGGAUGAAAGGAGAGCAAUGGAGGUUCGAAAACUUCCAAAGAUUUUGGAUCGCAUUCGCAGCACCUACCGACUUACGCUUCGGAAGUGCAGAAUGGAUGCUGAGAGAAACAAAGUCAAGCAGAAAAUUAACACCUCUCUCAAUGGACGCUUCCUCCUCCAAGCCACCCCUCGAAAAUCAAAACCUGUGGCCAGGUUUGCUCCCGACUGGGUUCUACGGCGUGACAAAUUAAAGGACAUCGUGGAUCCUCUUUGUGCCAUUCAGAUGCUGGCUAACGCUCUGGCUAUUGUGCCUUGAAAAUAUUGCAGCAAGGAAAAAUCUAUAAACCUGUGCACUGCCAAAGUGUUUAAUUGUUGCUCAGAAUUGUGCACCCUUGUAAAUAUUGUGUAUUUUUGUAUUGUGAAUAUUUUGAAUACUUUGUUUUAUCAAAAUGUUGUGGUCUUUAUUGAGCAUAUUGGGGUCUGUGCUAAAAGAUGGCAUGUUAGCUCUAAGAUUAUGUAAAUACAAGUGCAGUUUGGAAUUGAUUUAUUUUAAAGCGCUGGAACCGAAUAUUAAAAAGAACCACAGCUUAUGUUCUGGUGCCGUUCUUGACUGAAAUAACAGAAUUAAAACAACAUGAGUGAGCCAUUGUGUAUUUUUUUUAAA